GCAGCCACAUCGAGGGGGCGCUACAUCGACGGUGUGGCACGGUCAGACGACAUCGAAGAUCCUGGUGGGGGGGGCGAUGACGGGGGGUGCAGGGACCAGCGGUGAGGGGGGGUCUGGGGGUGCCCAAUUCAACCCGGUGUCCGACAAAGAGAUGGCGAAGUUGAGGCGAGGGAACAUUGUCACUGCGGGCCAGUACGUCGGGACCAGUCGAAGAUGCACGGGGACCGAAAGUUGCAUUGCAACUUAUGCAGCCACUUGUUUCAGGGGGGGUCGUCGAAGGCCGCGCGUCAUUUCACUCAGUCAAAGUUUUGCAAGGCUGGGGGGAUGAGAGUUCUCGCGGAGCUCUGGAACGGCACGGACUACACGUUUGUGUCGUCCACUGCUCAGCGGGUGCAGAGGUGGAUGGCAGACGAGGGCAUACGGGACACGAGAGCGCCCGAGGGUGGCCAGAGACAGCGAAUGGACGACGCAGAGAGGGACGACAUUCAGGACGCCCUCGAUGAGGAGGGCCGCGAGGGUAGGGCCAGGGAGAGGGCGGUUGCGGACGAGGCAGACGAGGCAGUCGGAGAGCCUAACCUGCCAGGGGAGGAGGUGGUGAUGACGUCGAGAGGCGUCGCUGGAGCGGGUCCUGCUACUAGGGCGCCGCGAGGCUGGCGUCGAGGUGCCAGACACGGCAGGGAGAAGAGGGCUCGGCAGACCAUGAUUGUCGAGAUGUACGCCAGGGAGAAGUUGGCCGAGUUCCAUGACGCGUGGCUUCAGUGGAUCUACGUGAAGAAGUUGCCAUUCAACGCCUUCCGUGGUCCGGAGUUCCAGAGGGUGCGGCAGGCAGCAGAGAGAGUGCCUCGCUCUAUCCAGUUCCGGUUUCCCUCCUUCAGUGUUACAGCGGGGGCCGGUAUCCCUUCGCAGAGGGCGAAGGUGGCGACGAUGGUGAGCGAGGUGCGCACCACUUUCCGGCACAGCGGUGCCACUAUCCUUUCCGACGGGAGGAAGUCGCGCAGCGGCAAGCCGCCCGUGAACUUCCUGGCAAGGGGCGCCAAUGGCGCCCUGCUGUACGCCACCGUCGCACGUGAUGGGUCGGUUCGAGACACAGCGGACGUCGUGUACCAUAGGUGGCGGGCCAUCAUCUUGUCCUUUCCUGCAAAGGACGUGAUCGGCUUCUCCACAGACUCCGCCAGUAACUAUACGGCGACAGCGCGCAGGUUCGCCACAGACCCCGAGCCUGAACUCAAGAGGAUCACUUGGCUCCCCUGCUCCACCCAUGUCUGCAACUUGAUGUUGUCAGAUAUCGGGACGCGAGUGGUGUGGGUCAAGGAGACCAUCAUCCGCGCUCGAGCGCUUGUGCGAUUUAUUAAAUCGCACGACGCUGCUCACGCCCUCUUUAGGAAGGUGAGCCCUCGCGUUCAGCUCGUCGAGCCCGUUGAGACACGGUUUGCAUCGGUUUUCCUGAUGCUGACGUGUCUCAAAGGCCGACGAGACACGUUGGAGAGCAUGUUGCACGGGGAUGCUUGGGCACGCAUCCCAUGGGAUCACGCCCACGUAUCUCAGGCGCAGUGGGUGCAGCAACAGAUCCGGGACGCGGAGUUUUGGCAGCGUGUCCAUUACGCCAUCCUAGUCAUGUCGCCCGUCCACCAGCUGUUGCGCAGGAUGGAUAGAGGUGGGAUGAUGAUGUCCGUUGUUUACGAGUGGAGUCAGCAUCUGCUGCAGUUGAUGAGGAGGGUCGACGUGCCUGAGGACAUGAUCGAUCCGUGCGUGGGUGAGGUUGCCAUCCGCAACCUCCACAUGCUAGAGCCCGCACAUGCCGUGGCCCACCUCCUCAACCCUCGACGACGGUCCCUCACGUAUUACCAUUCGCUGCAGACGACCGCCGAGGACCGCCUUGUGGUCGAGGAGUGCGACAGAUUUCUCCUGGCGCAGACCGGCGGCGAUCCGGUCGGGUUAUUGUACAGGACCUUGAGGGACCAGAUGAGGGCGUUCCACUCGAGGCGAGGGGAUUGGGGAGAUCCUGAGCUUUCCGAUGCCGAGGCGGCAGAUUGCAGGGGGUACAGCGAGACCGAGCGGUGUGCAGCGUGGUGGUUCGAGCAUGGACGUGCCCACCCGGAGUUGCGCACCAUCGCCAUCCGUGUCAUGCACUUGUGGACGUCUGCCUCUCCAGCGGAAAGGAACUGGGCGGAGCACGAGCGCGUCAGCACGGCGAGGCGCUGCAAGCUUGGGUUCGCCAAGCUUGCACAACUGGUUGAGAUUGCCACCAAUCUCAAACUGGCGUCGUGCGCACGGCAGGGUGGUGGCUACGUGUUGCCAUGGGUUAUGGGGAGCGGUCGGGGGGGGACGACAGCAGAGGAGGAGGAUGAGGAGGGAGAUGUGGAGCCCGGGGUGUGGGGAGCGCGACCUGAUGGCAAUGUUCCUGAGCAGGAGAUCCACCGGCAGAUUGUCGCUUUCCGUGACAGCCGACCCGACGACGACUGGACUGACGAUGAUGACACGCCGCUGACUCGCGACCUGACGGCUCAGCGAGUGUACUUCACUUAUGGUGGGGGUCGUGACGACACAGAUUCAUUCACAUCAGUUAUCACUGGUGUUGUGCCGUCGACCGCGGCGGCAAGUGGCAGCAGCAGAGCCGGCGGUGGUCAUGGAGGACGUUUGCAUCCGGAGGUUCGCGUGGACGACUCGGAGGAGCAGCAGCCACGGGGAGGUCUUCGGCAAACAGGCAGGCGUUGGGAGGUUAGGAGCGACAGCGAGGCGGAGGGGGAGGCCGAGGAUGAGGAGGUGCACCUUCGCAAUCAUCGCUUCUCUCCCUCCCAUCAUCCGAUCUCUGCACAGCCCGAGGGGGAGCCACUUAGGCGUUCGGAGAGGUUGGCGUCGGCAGCAGGCAGAGACCGGACACGUGACGGCGAGGAUCGUGGGGGAGAGAGGACUCCUUCCGAUGCAUGUAUCCGCCCCCACUCACCGUCGGUGCUCCGCACACAGGACUUCAAGGACAUAGGGCUUGGUGGGAGCUUGGCAGAUUUGAGUGUCGAGGGACGUCGACGUGCCUCACCGCAGGAUGUGCGCACAAACGCGGACGUUGAGCGGGGCCCUGUUGAGACUGAGGAGGAAAGGCAUGCCCGUUUGGACCGAGAGGAGGAGGAGCGGCUGAGGAGUUUGCCACGGUGGGAGGGUCGGUUCGCGUAUCUCGACGAGCAGCGUCGACAGAGGGACUUGGAGACAGGAGGGGAGGGGAGUCGUAACGUCGACGACUUGGGUGUCCCUGAGGAGGCGGUUCAGGGCGAGUUCGAUGAUGAGGGGCAGGAUGCCGCCGCGGGUGUCCCUGAGGGGCAAGAUGUUGUCAUGGGCGGUGGGUCCCCUAGUGGGGGCCGUGGCGACAGCGAGACCGCGGGUGAUGAGGGACAGGGUGCCGCAGCGUGCGACAGAGGAGAGGGUGGACCCGGUGGAGAUGGGGAUACCGCGGGUGACGGUGGAAACGAUGGACCGGAGGGCGACGAUGACGACAACCACCGUUCGGAGGACGAUCCAGAUAGGCUCGCCUUGGUGUUGAGGGACCCCACAGUGCCUCCCAUGCGCCCUGACGGCACAGCGCACACUUUCUUCGACGUCGACGCUUUGGCGCAUGCGUUGACGGAUGACCCUUUCGCACACAUGGGCCGCGGCAAGCAGCAGGCCCCUGGGAGGGUAUACUCACCGCCGCCGUUCACAGUGCAGAGCCCUCACUGGUCUGGUUCGUCACUCAGCGGCAUUAGAGGGAGGGAGUCCGGUGCGGGUGAGGUGGGGUCCGGCAGACGCAGCGACGGCGACAGAGAUAGUCCAGGAUCAAUGCGUCCACCGCCCGCACGGACUCCGGAGGGCAGGGUCGACAUCGGGGACCGGACGGUGGCACCCGGAGUUGCGCACAGUAGCGGUUCCCAGCCGCCAGUCCGAGGAGGUGUUGGUGACGGAUGGUCAGCUGUCCGUCGGGUCGGGGACCGGUUGCGGGCGGAUUACGACAUCGGGAGGGGCGUCUUCACGCGACGUGCGCCUGCUCAGCCGCAGGCUGUGGAGGGCGGGUCCCGGCGUCCGAGCCUGCAGAUGGCAGGCCGCAUGCUUGGUUUGUCACGAGCGGAGACGAGGAGGACAUUGGUCCUCGAGGCCCCAGGGACAUCCACGGACAGGCCGCGGGGAGAGCAGUUCACAUCGGGCGAGGAGGGGUUGUUGAUGCGUCCCAGGACGAGACGACAGCAUGGCCUCUCAGAGGUUGAGGCUCGACUCGCUGCAGGGGUCGCCGUUGGGCAGGCAGCAUUGGACGCGAUUCAGACGGAGAGAGAGAGGGAGAUUGAUGCACAGGCGGAGGAGGACGAGGACGCAGACACUGAGUCCGAGCCGAUCGAGACUGCGGCCCGCAGACACAGGGCACAGGUGGCCGCGGCAGCCGAUGCAACACAUGCGGCAUACGUUAGUGGGGCACGGGGCACAGGUGCCAGAGGGAGAGGAGGGCGCCAGGGAGGAUCGCAUGGCCGCGCGCGCUCUGGUGGGAGAGGCCACGCGCGCUCUGGUGGGAGAUGACGACGUCCGUGGUGUUUUUUUUUUUUCAUUAGUUUUUCUUUUUCUUUCCCCUUGGUUGUACAGCCUGGACGCUCUGUCGGCAGGGUUGUGGCAUAUUUAUGUCAAUGUUGUUGCAUGGAGACGACAAUAGUAUGUGGACAUUAGUUUGUUUUUUUUUUUCGUACUCUGUUGUGUAGCAGAGACGAUGGGUCCAGUUUUUUUUAACUCUGUUGUGUAGCAGAGACGAUGGGUCCAGUUUUUUUUUGCUACUCGGUUGUAGAGUUGAGACUACGGGUCCAGUUUUUGGCUUCAGCCUUGUACAUAAGCAUUUCCAUUAAAAUGCUUUGCCAUAUAUUUGCUCUUGUUCUUGUUCCUCCGCCAACAUUGGUCUUGCAUCCGAGUCGCUGUUGUUUGGUGAAUGUUUUCUGCUCUGUUGUCGUGAAUGUUGGAAAUUAUGUGCUUCUCCGAUGCCACGCACUUGCAUGUCAUGGAUGCCUCCAUUAUGAAUGUGCUGUUAAUUUCAGAUGCGACAUAGGGAUGAUGUGCUAAUUAAUGUGUUCUUACAUAAAUGAUGUGCUAAUCAAUGUCCAUCAGUCUC